AAGACGGCAUGACCUAUGGCCAGAGGUGCCAUCAAACACGAAUGUUUCGCUAGCGGCUCAGGGCGCAAAGCAGAGCCUCGCCCAGAUUGGGCCUUGUCGGGAGGGGACGUGGCUGGUGGCCGAGUCACCAGUAGGAGGCGGCCUGGUUUCAGGCCUCAGAAGGGACACGUGGGAGGAGGCAGGUCUGAGAUGCCUCUGGUUUCCUGGCCCCUUUCAGCCCCAGUGCCCUUGAGCAAGUCCUUCCUCUUCCCCCUCUGCCCUCCUGUUCCUUCAUCUGUGAAAUGGGGACAGCUUUUCUCGAGGGCUCGGAUGGCGAAAGACAGCGAUGAUGAGGAGGAGGUGGUCCAUGUGGACCGGGACCACUUCAUGGAUGAGUUCUUUGAACAGGUGGAAGAGAUCCGGGGCUGCAUUGAGAAGCUGUCGGAGGAUGUGGAGCAAGUGAAAAAACAGCAUAGUGCCAUCCUGGCCGCCCCCAACCCAGAUGAAAAGACCAAACAGGAGCUGGAGGACCUCACUGCAGACAUCAAGAAGACGGCCAAUAAGGUUCGAUCCAAGUUGAAAGCGAUCGAGCAAAGCAUCGAACAGGAAGAGGGGCUGAAUCGUUCCUCCGCCGACCUGCGCAUCCGCAAGACCCAGCACUCCACACUCUCCCGGAAGUUCGUGGAAGUAAUGACUGAAUAUAACGCGACCCAGUCCAAGUACCGGGACCGCUGCAAGGACCGGAUCCAGCGGCAGCUGGAGAUCACUGGAAGGACCACAACCAAUGAAGAACUGGAGGACAUGCUGGAGAGCGGGAAGCUGGCCAUCUUCACGGAUGAUAUCAAAAUGGACUCGCAGAUGACGAAGCAGGCCCUGAAUGAAAUCGAGACGAGGCACAACGAGAUCAUCAAGCUGGAAACCAGCAUCCGCGAGCUGCACGACAUGUUCGUGGACAUGGCCAUGCUCGUGGAGAGCCAGGGCGAGAUGAUCGACCGCAUUGAGUACAACGUGGAGCAUUCCGUGGACUACGUGGAGCGAGCCGUGUCCGACACCAAGAAAGCUGUGAAAUAUCAGAGCAAGGCCCGGAGGAAGAAAAUCAUGAUCAUCAUUUGUUGUGUGGUGCUGGGGGUGGUCUUGGCGUCGUCCAUCGGGGGGACGCUGGGCUUGUAGGCCCCCCACCCCUCCCCCUCCCAGGCCCUCCCCCACCACAUCGGGAGCAAUACCCCCCCCCCGACCCCUUCACUCCAUCCCCUGCUCCAGGCUCACCCCCGAGACAGACCCAGGCAGCCCCCCCUUUCCCUCGGUCAGACCCUGGAGUCCCUGGACCUCCCCCCCCAUGGACCACCCCGCCCCCGCACGAAGAUAGCAGCAGGCGUAAUUACACAUGCACACCAACAAGCAUGCCGCCAGCACAUGCUCGAGACGUGUGGACACCCCAGCGUGUGUGUGUGUGUGUGUGUGUGUGUGUGUGUGUACACGUGUGUAGAAGCACCAAAUCACCCUCCUUGCCCCUCACCUCGUCUGUGUGUUGUCUGAGCUUUGCCCCCUUCGCCUGGCUUGUUGUGUGGACUGUGACCAGGUGUGACACCGCAGCCCACCAAGCCUUGCUCUGUCUUCUCUGAAUAGGCGGGUGUGUGUGUGUGUGUGUGUGUGUGUCUCUGUUUGUGUGGCCAUGGAUCCAUGGACACACAGUUUGUGUAUGUGGAAUUUUGUAUUCAAACGUGUGACUCCAGUGCCGCAGCACCUCCUCUCCCAUGUCGGCUCCAGAUGUGGCAGUUUGUGAGUGUACAGAUGCUCACACUCACAUUCCCAGAGGCCGCAGGUGGGCCCAAAUACACACGGGCCACGGCAGACACCCCAGAGUGACGUAAAGCAAACCCUCCUGGCUGAGUCACCACCCCCGGUCCAGGGCUGGCAUGCGUCCUGGGGAGCGUGUGAGUGUGCACGCGUGUGGAAUCCAACCAAGGCGAGUGGAAGCACACACAUGUAAAUCACCUAGCUUAGUCUCUAUGUCUGUGUGCAUUUCCCCCAGCAGGUGAUGUGAAAGACGUGUGUGUGUGUGUGUGUGUGUGUGUAUGUGUGUGUGUAGAGGGUUUCUACAUAGUGAGCUUCUGCCCCCUGUGUUAUACGGACACACAUCUAAAAGGACGUGUGCCCCAUCCGGGCUUGUUCAUCUGGAUUAUUUGCCCCUCCCUCUCUCCCCAGACCUGCUGACCACUAUCUGGUGUGGCCACACCCUGCUGCAUCCACUUUGUGCAACUGGGGCUUCCUGCCCUGUGUGGUUGGCGCCCCUGUGCACACAGGCCAGAGGCAUUUCUGUGUCUGUCUCUUCGGGAGGACAGGCCUCCGCGUGUGGAAGCUGGGACACUUCAGUGCGCUCUCCCUGCCACGGCGGAUGCGACCACACCCAGGCACACGCCUGCACACACGCACGGCACAUGCUGACACGGGCGUGGCGUGGCAUGACACCUGUACUGGCCUGCACUCGAGUGUCUCCUAGGAGGGCUUUUUUGGAGACGUCACUAUAAGGGGAAUGUCAAGGGCUGCCCCAGGCGGACUGGGGAUGAGUGCGUUCUUGAGUACUAACCUCAGUGCUGAGGGGGCCGUCAUGGUCCCCGCUGCCCCGAGGAUGCUCUGGACUUUGCCUCAGGGACCUUGGGUUUCAGGAAUUGUUUCUUUUAGACAUUCGGGAGCGGGCCAAGCGCUGGGGCCUGUGCCCUGGACACAUCUGCUGAAAUGUCAGCAACAGCUGUUCCUCCGCAGGGUGAGACUGAGGGUAGGACCCAGGCCUGGGUGUCUGAGGCUGAGGAAGGGGCCAGCUCCUCCCCUGCCGCGUAGACAACACACCCAUGGGUGGGUUCGUGCGUUUGGUGGCAGGUGGGAGGUCCGUGGGCAAAGGACAGUGUCUAGAAGCCUCCCACACCAUUGGCCCAGGAACGUGGACCCACAGGAUGGAACACCCACGUACAAGAAUGCGUCCUGCCCUGGGUGCGGUGUAUGUGUGCACUGGGGGGAGGGCUCGGCUGUGUGUGCAGAUCGUUUUCUGCAGUCGCUCUAUACGUGAAGUGUGUGUGUGUGCGCGCGCGUGUGUGUGUGAGCCUGAGAGGAAGAGAGAGACAAUUCAGGUGUGACCUUUUGGAACGUAAUACCCUACCCUACCCCCCCCACCUCCCACCCCCGCCAGCUCAGAGAGGCAACCUCUUCCCUACCUGGCUGGGCCCUGCCUGUGUGUGGCCAGUGUAUUUACAGAAUCCCCGAGGCGGGCUGUCCUGAGGAGGGAAGCUCACGCUAGGUUUGCCCCUGUGUCUGAGGGCAGCCCUCCCACUCCCACUCGGGCUUCUUUGGGGUUGUCAGAGCAGGUCCCAGCACCCCCAAAUCCUGCCCUCUUUCCUUCCUGCCACCCAGCCAGGACACCCUUUCAGCCCAGGUGUUUCUGGAAUUCCCACAGCCUUGGGGCCACAAGGAGAAGGGCGGAGCCCUGGCUGGAAGGAUGCUGCUGCUGCCUCCUUGAGGGGUAGCAGGCCUGUAGCUGCCCAUCUCUGGGCCUCAGUUGGACCAGAGGAUUCCCCGAGAGUCUGCUCUACCCCAGCUUUUCCAAGUCCCGCACAUCACAGGGUGUGUUUGCUUGUCAGCUGUCGUGUCUGUAUGUGCCCUGGCAUGUCGUCUGGGGGCUGGUGUCUUCCGCAUGUUCUCAGACAAGGGUGUGCUGCCCGCCUGCCACGCGCCUACCACCGUCACGCCCCUGUGUGCCCCGUGGGUGGUCCUGGGCCUGGCCAGGGCUCGCUGCUUCCCCUCCCCUCUUCUCCGGAGCCCUGCCUCUCACGAAGCACACUGCGUGUCCAUCCCAUGUGCCUGUGGGUUGAUGCACGCUCUUGCCACGCCUUGAGCGUGCCUACAUGAUGUGUUCUAUGCAUUCACCCUACCCCACCCCCAGCCUGCCCCGCAGAGGACAAGAUGGGUGGCCCCCGGCUCCUUCCUCCCCCACCCGCCCCCCUGCCUGCUGUGCAGCCGUGUGCGUUGGCGUGUGUUUCUGUGUCGCUGGCGUGUCACGUGAUGUAGCCGUGUUUGCUGACAUGAGCCCCUGCCCCUUCUGUUUCUCCGUUGGUUUCUAGAGCUCUUUCCCUCUCCUCCUCGGAGGGGACAGGACUCCUGGGGCCUGGCUGGGGGCCCAGAGCCAGGCCACUCUCUCCUGUUAGCCCUCAGAGUCCCAUUUCUCUCUAUUGGUGACCAAGUUGCAAAUGGAUAAAACACAGGAAAAUUCUGCCCCCGCCCCAGCCCUGCAUGUCCUGUCUCCAGAGCCCCCCACCCCCACCCCGGGCCGGGUCGGGCCCCGUGGGACGGGAGAAAUAGCAACCAAUCCAACAGCGGG